AUGUCAUCCAAUCUAUUCAAAGCAACAGUGAACCAAUACCUCGAGGACCUACCGAAGCCUGUGCAAUCGAAGCUUUAUGAAGCACCAGCAACGUGUCUCUCAAUUUAUCGACUCUUGUCCCCCAUGGCCAAAUUUUACAUCAUGUCCAUGAUAUUCAACGAGAAACUAGUCGCGGUGCGGGACUUGAACAAGUGGUGUAAACCACUGGCGAAGAAAUUGGAGUUUGAAGCACUCAAGAGACUCGAGUCCCUACAUUUGAUCGAGUAUGAUGCAAGAGGAACCCACAUUCGACUAAACUCGACCUUCCGCAAGAACUUCCGCGAUUCUCUUACUGGUUCACAGGACCCCAAUGCGUUUGGCAGUGUCAGUACCGCGGUGGAUAAACAUGCUGUCGAUAUCGCGUUUCUCGAUUCAUUUGCUACUCAGAAGUGGGAAAGCAUAUUGCAUUUCAUGGUUGGCACUGAAGGAACGCAACCUCCCUCGAAAUCGGUGCUCAGCUUGCUUCGACUAGGUGGGUUGAUGGAAGGCCACGGAGGCGAUCGUGACGAUGGUGACGAUGCGCUGAAUAUCACCAAUACUGGAUUCCAGUUUUUGUUGCAAGAUGUCAAUGCCCAGAUUUGGACCUUGUUGCUCCAAUAUUUGAAUCUUACGCAGGAACUCAAUAUGAACCCGGUGGAUGUAUUAAAUUUCAUCUUUAUUUUAGGGUCUUUGGAACUAGGUAAUAGCUACUCCGUGUCGAGCUUAAGUGAAACUCAAAUCAGCAUGCUCGCGGACUUGAAAGACUACGGCUUGGUUUAUCAGCGAACCAAUAGCUCGAGCAGAUUUUAUCCCACGCGGCUAGCCACGACAUUGACUUCGGAUUCAGCAGCACUCAAGACUCCCGCAAUGGCAAUCCAGCAAGCCGUGGACGAGUCCGAAGCAAGCUCCAUCUCGUCCUCCGCCAACGUUCAAGAAUCAGUGAUUAUUGAAACCAAUUUCAAAAUCUACGCAUACACCAAUUCGCCAUUGGAGAUUGCCAUUUUGAACUUGUUUGUGCAGAUGAAGACGCGGUUCGCCAAUAUGGUCUGCGGUCAAAUCACACGGGAAUCAGUACGCAAUGCCUUGUAUAAUGGAAUCACAGCUGACCAAAUCAUCAAGUUUUUGGAAACGCACGCGCAUCCUCAAAUGCGCGCGUUGGCCCAGGAGAGAUUAGACAAAAAAGUCGAAUUUGACGCUAGCCACAACAUCAAUACCGCCGGCGGUGCCCCUCAGAGCAAGACCAAUGGUGCUAUAUCGCAACAUCGAUUGGAAGUCUUGCCUCCCAACGUGGUGGACCAAAUCAAGCUUUGGCAAUUGGAACUAGACCGAAUCCAGACGUUUGAUGGAUAUUUGUUCAAGGAUUUCGCUAAUCAGCAAGAAUACGAAAUCUUGUCCAGCUAUGCCAUCGAAUUGGGGGUGUUGAUCUGGUCAGAUAAACUAAAGAGGAAAUUUUUCGUAACCAAGGAUGGCAUGUCACAAGUUGCAGACUUUGCCAAUAGAAAAUUGAGGUGA